UUUUUGUAUCUUUUUAUUUUUUUUGUAUUGAACUAUAUUUUUUAGAACCUUUGAUCCGGGGAAAAACACGAUCAUAAAAAGGACAAAUUUUCCGAUUACAUUUAUUGUUAUAUUAUUACAGUUUCUACCUGAGGAUUAUCUUUUGUAAUUACGACCCUGCUUUCACAUCCAUUCCUGUAGAUGACUGAGUAAAGUAACAAUAAAAAGACUGCUCAGACGUGGCAACGUUGUACAAAGAGUUAUGGGAAAAUUGUAUACAUUACUUUUACAUCUUUUUUGUUUGUAACAAAGUAUUAAACACGUUUGUAAGAACGUAUUGAAAAAUAUAGCAAUUUUUCCUUCGCAUAUUUUUCUUUGUUUCCAAAACAACAACGAUCGUAGUAACAAUUCAAAGUUGCCUCGGUUUAAUUAUUCGCCAAUAAGAAAAAUGUUAUUUUUAGUAGACGAAGAAUGUUAAAAAAAAAGAAAAAGAAAAGAAAGAAAAAUAAAUGAAAUAUAUCAAUCAAAUUGAACGCAGAUGGCAGUAUUCUAUAUUUUAUAAUACGGCCUCGAGUUCCAAGUGAGGGAUUUCGUGGGGUUCUUCGAAACGAACAGCCAUUGGUGUCUUUACGUGCAGCUGCUUUCGUAACAACACCCAUACAACGUCGUCCAUAGAGCGUCUGAUUCUGAUCGUAUUCGUUCCUCGUAUUAUUUUCUUCUCUCAUCUAACGUUAAUGAAAGCUAGCAAUCGAGGAAGAGAGAAAGAGAAAGAGAAAGAGAGAGAGAGAGAGAGAGAGAGAGAGAGAGAGACAGAGAGAGAACAAGAAGGAAAGAGAACGUGCCGUUUUCGUGAAGUAUCGACGCAUAGUCGACGAUUCUCAACUUAUUAACAAGGAUUCGAAAAGACGCUUUCUCUCUUGAAUCAACGUAGGAAAAUACGUUUAAUCGUUUGACAAAAGGAAGAAAGAAUAUUUCUUCGUUAUUAUUCACGUGAACACAGAAACAGGCGAUCCGUAAAGAAGACAUUAGCACUUUAACACAAAUAAUUGAUACAACAUUCAAGUGCAAUAAGUGUAAUUAAAAUUACAAACAUGACAGACAUUAUCGAACAUUUACCAAAUGAAUCAUUGCCAGUCAGAGAUUCUGGCAAUGUAAGUUUAUCUUCAUCACUAGAGAUGAAAUCUGUAGAUGAAGUAGAUAAUGUUGGUUAUCGCUUUGAAUCAGAGAGAUUAAGAAGUUUUGAAAACUGGCCUGUGCCCUAUAUAGAACCAGAAAAAUUAGCAGCAGCUGGAUUUUAUUAUCUUGGUGAAGGAGACAAAGUUAAAUGUUUUGAAUGUAACAUAGAGAUAUGUCAGUGGGUAGAAAAUGAUGAUCCAAUGGAGGAUCAUAAACGUUGGUCAAGUAAAUGUAGAUUUAUUAAAAAACAACCGUGUGGAAAUGUGCCUAUAGGAACAGAUCCAAAUACUAUACCACCAGUACGAUCUAGUUUAGAUGUUUGUGGAAUAUAUCAUCAAAAUUCUGGAAAUGAUACUCUUACAGCAGAGUUACAACUUUUGAGCACUGCCAAAUUAAAUGCUAUGGGUUUAGGUCGUACAAAGGGACCAUUGCAUCCUGACUUUGUUAGUUAUGAUGCAAGAUUAAAAACAUUUGAUACCUGGCCAAGAUCAAUGCCACAGACAAAAGAACAUUUAGCACAUGCUGGAUUCCAUUACACAGGAAAUGGUGAUCAGACUCUUUGUUAUCAUUGUGGAGGAGGCCUCAAAGAUUGGGAACCUGAAGAUGAUCCCUGGGAGGAACAUGCCAAAUGGUUUCCCAAGUGUUGCUAUCUCCUGAUGGUAAAAGGACAAGAGUAUGUAAAUAAAGUCACAGGACAGCAAACAUCGCCCAUUUCAACAGAGGAGGCAUUGCAAAUGAACUUACCAAGUUUUAUUAAAACAAUUGAACCAUUAUCAUCGGAUAGUGGAGAAAAUGGUCAAAUUGAAAAUGCCCCUGGGCCAAGUCACAGAACUGAGAGUGGCUUGAAAGUAGAAGGAUCUACAUCUGAAGAAAUUAAAGGAUGUAAAGAUUUCAAUAGUACGAAAGCGCACUGUAGCAAAUCCGUAGAUGAUGCUAGAGUAUGUAAAAUUUGCUAUAAUGGAGAGUUAGGUGUGGUUUUCUUACCAUGUGGACAUAUGGUUGCCUGUGUUGAUUGUGCACCGGAAAUGACGACUUGUGCCGUGUGUAGAGUACACGUAGCAAUGAAAGUUAGAGCCUUCCUGUCUUGAAUUGUAAAAAUAAAAGUAGAUUGUAAAUUUUGCAAAAUGUGUUAAAUGAAAAGGGAACUAUUAAUGUAUAACUACUGCAUUACAUUUCUCUCAACUCGAUUCACGCACGUAUUCACACAUCCCUGCCUUAUGUGAAUAGUUUAUAAAUCGUAUAGAAUUAUUGUAACAAGUAUUGUAACUAAAUCAUUAGUUUGUAAUAUUUAUGUAAAGUAUAUUAGGUAUUUUACAAUUUCCAACAUUAUGCCGUAGAAAUAUACAAAUAGAUGAUCUCAAUGGAAAUUAAAAGCAUAGAGAAAAUAUGCUAAAACAAAUGGUGUAAUCUCCCGGGAUUAGUAUAUUUGGAAGAAAUAUGUUAUUCGAAACAUUGUAAUAUAUCCAUAGUUGUGACAUUAUUAAUGUAUUUCCUUCAAAUUUAUAUCCAAAUUAAUUGACGUAUUGUGAUAUAACGAACGUAUCGUAUUAAGAGCUUGUAAUUAUAUUUUGUAUGAUCAAAUACUUAUUACGAACGAUUGUUAGCUUACAAAUAAACUUUAGGAAUAUAAUUAAAA